AUGCCGCCGCGCCGCAAGGUUUUCGACAAGAAGACCGCCCAAAACUUCCAGCUCGUCUACCGCGCCCAAAAUGACCCGCGCAUCCACGACCCCGACGCGCCGGACAUGGUCUUCGCCGAAGUAGCGGCGCCCAACUCGAACAAGAAACGCGGCGGCAACGACGGCAGCAGCCAGGCCAGCGGCAGCGUCCGCGGCGGCAAGAUCCGGUCUCGCCAUGACCUCGAAGACGAGUUCGGCGGGCGCGUGCGCGCCAACGAGGGCGAGGCCGCCAACUACGGCAUCUUCUACGACGACUCCGAGUACGACUACAUGCAGCACAUGCGCGACAUCGGCACCAGCAGCGAUGCGACUUUCAUCCCGGCGAAGGACAGGGAGGCCGAGCAGCAGCGCAAGGGCAAGGGCAAGAUGAAGCUCGAGGACAUGCUGGCGGGGAUGCGGAUGGAGGGCGGUGAUGAUGAUGGCGUCAGCCUGUCGAGCGCGGCGAGCGAGAGAAGCGCGGCGGAGCUGUUUGGCGAGGAUCUGGCGCCGUCGGAGUUUUACAGGAAGGGGAAUUAUCAGGAUCAGCAGGAUGUGCCGGAUGCGAUUGCUGGGUUCCAGCCGGAUAUGGAUCCGCGCCUGAGAGAGGUGUUGGAGGCGCUGGAGGAUGAAGCGUAUGUCGAGGAUGAGGACGAUAUUUUCAAUGAGUUGGCGAAGGAUACGAAGGAGGUGGAUCAGCAGACUUGGGAGAUGAUGGGGGAUUUCGUCGACGACGAUGACGAUGGCUGGGCGACUGAUGACACCGUCAAGGCGGACAACAAGACCAGCUUCGAGGCACCGUCCCCAACGGGUGCAGUGUCUGAAGAGGGAGUCAAACUGCCGCCAGCCGAGGGUCCCGCUGGCGAAGGCGAGGACCACGGGGAUGGUGACUGGAUGGCUGAGUUCAGCAAGUUCAAAAAGGACGCGAAGGCUCAGAAGGUUCAGAAGAAGGCUGGCGCUCCCUCGGAUCUGCAGUCCUUCGUCACCGGCGCUUCCUCAGUGACGGGCGGCCGGCACAAGAAGAGGAAGGGCGCUCUUACGUCCACCUCCAACUACAGUAUGACUUCUUCCGCUCUGGCUCGCACCGAUCAGCUGUCGCUGCUAGACGAGCGUUUCGAAAAGUACGAGCAGGAGUACGCCGACGAUGGCUAUGGCGCAGACGACAAUAUGUCCAUGAUGUCGGGCAUGACUGGUAUGUCGGGAAUGUCCGGUCUUUCUGUCUACAGCAAGGCAUCGACUUCGAGCCAAGCGCCGGGUCUGAGGAGCGAUUUCGACUCUAUUCUGGACGAGUUCUCCUCCAAGAACGGCCACAUCAAGAGAGGGAAGAAGCACAAUGGCUACAAGGAUGGUCUGGCCCAACUGGAUGAGGUUAGGAAAGGACUUGGUCCUGCAAGGCUCAAGCAGGGCUCAAAGGCUCGCUAA